AGCUUGAUUUUAGAUAUCCUCUUCCCCAUAUGCUUGGCCACGUGAAGCGGGUCAAAAAAUCAGAGCGCUCCAUUAGUAUCCUUCUAUGGCCAUUGGAAGACACAAAUCGUUGUUUCGACUUUUUGAGGAACUAUUCCAUCUUCAAAAAGGAUCUUUUUACUGCAAGCGUGCCCAAACUUCCUCCUCGCACAAAAGAAAAUUGGUUGGAAGCCAAUCAGCUUUGGCCAGUGACAUUGCACAUCAUUAUUCCAAAAUUCCCAUCAUGGGAGUCGUUUGACGGUCAAUACAAGAGAUUUGUAACCUCCAAAGUAUUGAAGCCAAGCUCCACAUUAUUUAAUCCACUUUCAUUAAGUGUCGUUGUAGAGAUCGGUCAAGAGAGCUGUCAAAUUUCGAUGCCUCUUCUUCAUCCAACGAUGCUUAUUCUAAAUCAACUUGCGUUGCUAAUUUUAAAGGAAAAGCAGUCAAAGCCCCCUGAUUCUGGAUUGAUUCCACCAAAUGCAUAUCUUGCGACAGGAUUUGACUUGAUUCUGCAGGAGGAACCCUGCAUAAUGUUGGCUUUAGAUUCUAAUUAUUUUAGGUGCUCCAUGGCACUUGUGCAUUCACGGAUUCGCCGAGUGUUUUAUGUCCGCUCCAACAGAAAAAGAGGUGGUCUCGGUGGAUCGUCUGCAGAAUCAGCGGUUCAUACUAAUCCCCAGUUAAACCAUCAUUUUGGUGUUUACGUAGUGGAGGAAAAUGCAUCCAAAGGCGGUCUUGACCUGGGCGUCCAAAUAUCUUCUGGAAUAAAUGCAUCCGAAGCAUUGGGAGUGAAUCAGCGGAGGAUCGUGCCCUUUCGACCGUCACUAAAAGAUCUCAAUGCCCCACUAAUACAUCUCAUUGAUGCUAAAGGCUCCAUUUCAAACGACAUUUCUUCCUCAGAAAUAUUGAAUAAAUACGAUGCGCAAAAAUAUGAGUUGCUUCAGGUGGGCAUUCGAGAUUCUGUUCCCAUUAUCAAGGUAUUUCCCAAAGUCACGCCAAAAGAUCCAUUGCAAUCUAGCAGAGAACCAUCACCCCAUCGUCAAAAACCUCGAGAAGAAAAGGAAAAAACGAUAGAAAUGAACUCUACCAUUGGCGGAAAUGAUUUUGAACACAAGAUGCAUAUGUUAAAUUGUUUCCUUGCAAAGGUGAUACGGGUCAAAGUGCUGCUAACUCUGCGGGGAACUUCAUCUGCGCUUGAUUUAGAAAAUUUAUUUGCAAAGAUAAAGGCCCGCAUCGACGCAUCCGGUGUUGGAGAGGUUGUUGCUCCUGUGCAGCAAGCCGCAAAAAAGGUGCAAUUUGUAGUAAGACCAAAGUUAACCCCGGAAUAUCCCUAA